AUGAGCGAAGAUGGUAGACUGCAAGACCCUAUCCUGCGACUUGAGCGAGUGUGUCCUGCGGCUGUGCGAGGUGAGGAUAUCACGCUGCUGAUCGGUCAGCGCAGCGCGAGCAUGCACAUGGCGAGGGAAGACGCGCAUGACAAGAGGGGUCACUGUAUAGGAUUUACUGGCAGAAGGCACACAGUCCACAGCGAGAAGCUGCACAAACACACACAAAACACAAGCCCGAAAAGAACCAGCACUGCUGGCACCCAGACGCGGCAUCGCCAGCCCAAGCGCGAAGCCGCGCAGACAAGCAGCCUAAGGGUCAGGCAAUCGUCGGCGCCACUCGACGUGUUUCCCCCAUCGGAGUCGGAGACCUCCGGCGAAGACUCCCCCUCGGGCGACUCGACAAAGUCCGAGGAGGAGCUGUCCUCUGGCUCGAGAAGUGCUUGCGCCCGCAAGGGCGUCAUGCGCCUCGCACCAGACAAGAGCGCCUCCAGCGUCAGCUCUGUAGUGAGGCGCUGA